AUGCCGGACCAGAUCUCCGUGUCGGAAUUCGUGGCCGAGACCCAUGAGGACUACAAGGCGCCCACGGCCUCCAGCUUCACCACCCGCACGGCCCAGUGCCGGAACACGGUGGCGGCCAUCGAGGAGGCUUUGGACGUGGACCGGAUGGUUCUUUACAAAAUGAAGAAAUCUGUGAAAGCGAUAAACAUCUCUGGGCUGGCUCACGUGGAGAACGAAGAGCAGUACACGCAGGCUCUGGAGAAGUUUGGGGGCAACUGUGUGUGCAGAGAUGACCCGGAUUUAGGAAGUGCAUUCCUGAAGUUCUCAGUGUUUACCAAGGAGUUGACGGCGCUUUUUAAAAACCUGAUUCAGAAUAUGAACAACAUAAUCUCCUUCCCUUUGGACAGUUUGCUGAAGGGGGACCUGAAAGGAGUGAAAGGGGAAAUACUGUUCGGGCCUAAGAUCAACGUGCCUGCAGGGGUGGUUUGUUACAGUGAUGUAACUCUAAGUGGGGAGAGGGAGGAGGUGAAGACAGAAACAGGAGAGAUAACGAAAAUAGAAAAGGAGAAAAAGGAACAUGCCAAGCUCCAUGGCAUGAUUCGUACUGAAAUAAGUGGAGCUGAAAUUGCGGAAGAGAUGGAGAAGGAGAGGCGGUUCUUCCAGCUGCAGAUGUGCGAGUAUCUGCUGAAAGUCAAUGAAAUCAAGAUUAAAAAGGGAGUGGAUUUACUUCAGAAUCUGAUCAAAUAUUUUCAUGCCCAAUGCAAUUUUUUCCAGGAUGGACUGAAGGCAGUGGAAAGCCUCAAACCUUCCAUUGAAACACUUUCAACAGAUCUUCACACAAUCAAACAGGCCCAGGACGAAGAAAGAAGACAGUUGAUACAGCUUCGGGAUAUUUUGAAAUCAGCAUUGCAGGUUGAACAAAAAGAGGACUCCCAAAUUCGCCAGAGUACAGCUUAUAGCUUACAUCAGCCUCAGGGAAACAAAGAACAUGGAACUGAGCGGAACGGCAGCCUGUACAAGAAGAGCGAUGGGAUCCGAAAAGUGUGGCAGAAAAGGAAAUGUUCAGUUAAAAACGGCUUCCUGACCAUAUCCCACGGCACGGCUAACCGACCUCCUGCAAAGCUCAACUUGUUAACCUGCCAGGUGAAGACCAACCCUGAAGAGAAAAAGUGUUUUGACCUUAUUUCACAUGACAGGACAUACCACUUUCAAGCAGAAGAUGAACAGGAAUGUCAGAUAUGGAUGUCUGUGUUGCAAAACAGCAAAGAGGAAGCUUUAAACAAUGCAUUUAAGGGAGAUGACACCACUGGAGAAAAUAACAUAGUCCAAGAACUGACAAAGGAAAUCAUCUCAGAAGUCCAGCGGAUGACGGGCAAUGAUGUGUGCUGUGACUGUGGGGCCCCAGAUCCCACAUGGCUUUCUACCAACCUGGGCAUCCUGACCUGCAUCGAGUGUUCUGGAAUCCACCGAGAGCUGGGGGUUCAUUACUCCAGGAUGCAGUCCCUGACCUUAGAUGUAUUGGGAACGUCGGAGCUGCUGCUUGCCAAGAACAUUGGGAAUGCAGGCUUUAAUGAGAUUAUGGAGUGUUGCCUACCAGCCGAGGGCUCCGUCAAACCCAAUCCGGGGAGCGACAUGAAUGCAAGAAAGGACUACAUCAUGGCCAAGUACAUCGAGAGGAGAUACGCAAGGAAAAAGCACGCGGACAACGCAGCGAAGCUUUACAGCCUCUGCGAAGCUGUUAAGACGAGAGAUAUUUUUGGAUUACUCCAAGCCUAUGCUGACGGUGUGGAUCUCAUGGAAAAAAUCCCACUGGCCAAUGGACAUGAGCCGGAUGAAACAGCCCUCCACCUUGCAGUCAGAUCCGUGGAUCGGACUUCUCUGCACAUUGUAGACUUUCUCGUUCAGAACAGUGGGAACCUGGACAGACAGACAGGCAAGGGCAGCACGGCCCUGCAUUACUGCUGCCUGACUGACAAUGCUGAGUGCCUCAAGCUCCUCCUGCGGGGAAAGGCUUCCAUCGAGAUAGCGAACGAGGCGGGGGAGACACCUCUGGACAUUGCCAAACGCCUCAAGCACGAGCACUGUGAGGAAUUGCUGACCCAAGCCUUAUCCGGAAGAUUUAAUUCUCAUGUCCACGUUGAAUAUGAAUGGCGGUUACUCCACGAAGACCUGGAUGAAAGCGAUGACGACAUGGACGAGAAAUUGCAGCCUAGUCCCAACCGGCGGGAAGACCGGCCUGUCAGCUUUUACCAGCUGGGGUCUGGCCAGCUUCAGUCUAACGUGGCAGCUUUGGCCAGAGAUACUGCGAGCCUUGCCAAGGACAAGCAGAGGAGUUUCGUGCCCAGCAUCUUGCAGAAUGAGACCUAUGGAGCCAUCCUGAGCGGCAGCCCGCCUCCCAACCAACCUGUACCCCCCAGCACCACCAGUGCCCCUCCACUCCCCCCACGGAACAUGGGCAAAGUUCAGACAGCCUCCGCUAACACCCCGUGGAAGACAAACACUGUAAGCGUGGACGGUGGAAGCCGGCAGCGAUCUUCGUCAGAUCCGCCCGCUGUCCAUCCACCGCUGCCCCCUCUGCGUGUGACAUCUACCAAUCCCCUGACUCCCACACCGCCCCCUCCUGUAGCCAAGACGCCCAGUGUGAUAGAAGCCUUGAGCCAGCCCAGCAAGCCCAGCCAGCCUGGGGGCUCACAGAGCAAGGCCCCGCCUCUGCCCCCCCAGCCGCCUAGCCGCCUCCCUCAGAAGAAGCCUGCUGCUGGGGCUGACAAGCCGACCCCAGUGAUCAACAAAAGCCAACCAAGAGGACCUGCAGCAGACCUUUCUGGAACAGACGCUCUGGGUCCUCUGUCCAAUGCCGUGGUUCUGCAGCCCCCCGCACCCAUGCCCAGGAAGUCACAGGCAACCAAGUUGAAGCCUAAGCGGGUCAAAGCUCUCUAUAAUUGUGUGGCUGACAACCCGGAUGAGCUGACCUUCUCCGAGGGAGAUGUGAUCAUCGUGGAUGGGGAGGAGGACCAGGAGUGGUGGAUUGGCCACAUUGAUGGAGAUCCCAGCCGCAAAGGAGCAUUCCCUGUAUCGUUUGUGCACUUUAUUGCUGACUAAAUUGCUACUGAACAAAAGCA